CCAAUCUCUAUUUUAAAAAUUUAAAAGCUACAAUUAAUUUAUUUUAUUCAUCUUUCCUACACUACAGGUGUUGAUGUCAUUCAAAUGGCCAAAAGACAAGUGCUUUCUUCAGCAGCAAUUGUAGGCAUUGCAGUGGGUGGAGUACUACUUCUGCUCUUCAUAAUCGAUUUGCUCUGCUGCAUGACAGUGCGUAUGGGUGUUAUGGCCACAAUGUGUCGACGAGCGAAGCGAUCACCAUCAGAAAUUGAUGAUGAAGCCAGAUUGGGCAGUGGGCAGUUAGUUAAGGAGCCACCACCAUCACCGCUACCACUACCACCACCAGUUAAGCUUGGUGGAUCACCAAUGACAUCGCCAUUAGAUGAGAAGCAACCUCUGCAAACACCGACUGGCAGCAUAAAACAGAAUUCGACAGUGGAAUUCGAUGGAAAAUUUGUGCACUCACGCAGCGGUGAAAUAAUUGGCAAGAAUUCGGCAGUGUGAAUGGAAUUCUAAAAAGCUCCCAUCAACGCCAGAAUCCUGUGAAGGCAUUUAGAGUGGAAAAAACGUAUUUAAAGUUAAAUUAUAGAAAAAACCGACUUAAACAAAAAAUAGAAAAAUAAACAAAAACUAAA